CUCUCUCCCUCCUCCCUCUCUCUCCUUUCUCCUCUCCCGUCCAUCGCAAAUCCUACACCGCUUCUCUCUCGAGAUCUCCUCCCUCCCUCCCGCCUCCUCCAUCCGUCUCUCUCUCCGUCUGCCUCCUCCGUCUGCGCUCAUCCAUUUUCCAACCUGCACCACCACCACCACCACCUUCACCGUCCAUCGCAUCUCGUCUCCCCGUAGGAGCUGCUUAAUCCCGUCACCAUUCCAUCCAGCAGCUGAGACGCAGCAUCACGACCGGCACUAUCGUCAUCACAAACCACCACCAUCGUCAGCAGCAGCAGCAGCAUCACAGCCACCGUCGUCAUUUACAUUCACAACCAAUAUCAUCAUCAGCAGCAGCAGCAUCAUCACAGCUACAAUCAUCAUCACGACCACCAUCGCAACCGCCGCCGUCACCACCACCCGCUCACACCUCGCCCACCCAGCCCUCCCUCUCCCUGGCUGACAUCUCUCCUCGUGUCCUGCUCCCCGUCUCGACUCUUCGCUCACCACAACUCACCGGAGCUGGAUUGUGUCCAGAAGCCUCCAAAGGACAAACGCCGGAAUCGUGACGGCCCAGACGCCACAACAGUCACGGCGCUUCCACGCGACUACGGCUACUACCGCGACUCUACGUCAACGGCCGCGACAGCUCCAGCCGUGACGGCACCUCCACCGUGACGGACCAAGCCACCGCGCGCCUGUAACUCAGCCGUGAGCUCGCCUCGGCGCCGCGACAGACGACGCCUCCGCCGUUGACCCGCGGCUGUACCGUGACCGCACGCACGCCUCGACCGUGACCCCCCCCCCCCCGCCCCACACAAAGCCAUCAUGGACGAGGUGGACGUGUCGCAGCUACGGAAGGAGAUCGAGAGCCUCAAAUUCCAGCUCUCGAACCGGCGAGAGAAGACAUCAAAAACCAUCCCCGAGAUGGUGAAGUGGAUCGAGGAGGGGAUGUCCAAUGACCCCUUCCUGAACCCAGAGCUCAUGAAGAGCAACCCGUGGGUGGAGAAGGGCAAAUGCGUCCUGCUCUAGGCCAAGGGCCGGGCCCCCACACGGCCCGAGGCGGGCCCACCCGGAGUCACCCGACCCGACCCUGCCCCCACUCCACCACCCAGCUGACUCGUCCCAGACGAACCCAACCCUGCCCCCACUCCACCACCAGCUGACCCGUCCCAGACGAACCCAACCCUGCCCCCACUCCACCACCAGCUGACCCGACCCAGACUAACCUGACCCUGCCCCUACUCCACACCCAGCUGACCAGACCCAGACUGACACGACCCAACCCUGCCCUCACUUCACCCCCAGCUGACCCGACCCAGACUAACCUGACCCUGCCCCCACUCCACACCCACCUGACUCGACCCAGACUGACACGACCUGACCCUGCCCCCACUCCACGCCCAGCUGACCCGACUGAUCCAACCCAAUCUUUUCUGACCCGACCCAGCAUAGCCUCUAAGUUGACCUGAGCGAACUUGGUCUGAUCUGACUUGAGUUGAGGUCAGCUGAGCUGACGCAAGCCAGUCUGACCUGACCCGACCCUGGCCUUAUCUUACUUUGUCUGACCUGACCUGACCAAGAUCUGACCUUAAAUUGACCUAACCUGACCGCAGCUGACCCGACCCGGUUUGACCUGACCUGACAUGACCCGAUCUCCCCGUGACCCAGCGUCAGCUUGAUUUCAGGCGCUACAGCAAACAAAGAGGCCUCCUGCCUCUGACCAAACAGCGCGGAGGACAGCCCAUCUCGAAAGCUAAGCUGGCUUGCACCAGGACAGUGAUAGGAUGGGCGACCGCCGCGUGCUCAAGAGGUGCUAUAGGCUCUAGACUGCGGGAUGUGGGGGGGACAGCGAGAGGGCAGUGUGGCAAAAUCCAUUGUUGUACUCUACUCCUACGCUAACCAGCUCCCGCUCGGAAUUAAUGAACGCAGGCAGACGCGCUCACUCCCCAUGCAGAGUUGGACAGACGGGCAGGUCCGUGUGCUAAUGGUUAGGGGCAUUUGGCAGAGGUGGGGGGGCCGGGGUGGGGGGCGUUCAAUCUGAACCAAUUAAUUUUGGGAAUCAGAUCGUGCAGCCGGGUUUGACGUCUAUCCACCCCUCCAGCAACCGGUGCUCGUCAUAGUAUUUCAGUCUGAGUCGACCUACGGGAGAGUCUGACCACAGGGCCUGGGGGCGGGUAUGAUUGGCCCGGGGAGGCCACACUGGGAGGAUGAGGAGGAGGGGGAAAGCAGCUGCGCGCUAUGCCCGGGGAAAUUAAAUCAUCAAUUCAAAUCAUCACUACACGGUUGGUAUUCGCGUCGUUAUUAUCGCCGGAGGCUCUCGCGAAGUCGCUGCGUUUCGCAGGCUGGUAUCGCCUCCAGCCAGCAGGCGGCGUACGUGAGUUUCAUCCCAGCAAAAGAACUCACGACUCGAGAGCCCCAUGCAGUUGGCCUACUUAUACAUUUCGUUCCAAAGCAGUCGGCGCGUGGCGAGACGCGGUCAGUGGACCCGCAGUGUUGAAACCCAGGGCGGCCGCUGGGAGGGGUCUGCGUCAGGGGACUGGGGCUCAAGUAAUUGUGUCAGUUCCUGUACUAUCUCCACGUCCCCGUGUCCGUACUGUGCGUAAACGCCCCCGUCUUCCCAUUUUUAUUUUUUUUGUCAACGGUCGCCACGUGCACAGUUCUAACGAUCUCCUAACUCAACGGAGGCUCACUUAAUGCACUGGAUUGUGUGUGUCCACACAACCAACCAACAACACCAGCCGCCAUACGCCACUGAGCGUCGGUGACGUGGCCACGACGCUUGUGCCAGGCUAGGUGCACUUUGAGACUGUUGGGGGGCCAAGUGCUGUUAGCGAGCACCUGUGAAGGCCGGUACGGCACUCGAGAGAUCCCCAAUGUAUCGGUAUGACCGGCAUAGUGCUGUUAGCGAGUGCCUAUUAAGGCUGAAACGGCUAGCAACCACGUCCGGCCACCUUUGCAUCCCCAGUGCCGAUGUUUACACAGCGCAUGAGGUACUCAUUUAAGGCUAAAUCGACCCAGGGGAGGCCCCCCACUGCUUCCGAUAUUAUUUCGCUGGUGUUAGCCGUGGACCAGGAAUCGAACUUCAGCCGUCGGCUUUCUCAGCGCUGUGCGCUAACCACUGCGCCACCGCUCGACACAAAGACCCAGCCCCAUCCAACUCCAGUAUAGCCAUAACAGACUGUUGGGGCAAGUGCUAAUUAGCAAGCACUUGUACGCUGGACACGAAGGGGGUGGUGUUGCUAGCACCACGCCCGGACGCCUUUGUCACCCCAGUAGUGAUGUUUACACACCACACGAGGCACUGAUUUGAGGCUGAGUCGACCUAGAGGGAGCGCACGACCAGGUGAGCUAUUCGUCACUGAUGUUGGCCGUGAGCGAGAAUCGAACCCGGCUGGGGGCAGUGCACCAAUCACUACACCACCGCUCCCGAAACACGUUGAAUAGCUUUCUAAUGAAUGCACUUGAUGCUGACGAUAUCCCGAAUUCCCACGUCAACACGUGGGCUGUUGUCGUCUUUCCCGUGACGAGGAGAGGCGAAGGGGCAACAGUUAACCACGUGGUUGUUUGCGGAUGAGCCAGUGGACGGAGCCAGGAGUAGCCCGGUGACUGUCUGCAAAACGCUGCCAGCGAACGAUCGGCUUAACUUUUGGAGUUUCCCUGACUCCCACUGAGAGUCCCACAGACUCGCUCACUGUGAGCGCGCCAAGAGACGCACACGUAGAGCCAAGCGAGUUGCAGAGGGGGCGACCUCGAGAGCGAAUGGUCUCAGCGGCGAGCGCCGUUACUGCGUGGGCCGCGGUUUGAGACGUCGAUUCACACGAAUGGUCCAGAGGCUUGCAGGCAACGCGGACGCGUGUAGACUCACGCAGAGACGGCAGAGACUCGCGCAGACCCGUGGACACAAAGACCCGUAGGCUAACAAAAGAGACUCGUAAUGCUCACCUAGAAGAGACCCAUAGACGCACAGAGACCCAUAGACUCAGAGACCCCCCCCCCC